AUGGUUGUUUUAGAUCCGUUAAAAGUAACAAUAACCAAUUUUCCAAAUGAAAGAAUGACAGAAUUAGCUGUAUUAAAUUUUCCUGUUGAAGAAUCUCGUGGUUCUCAUCCAAUUCAAUUUGACUCAGUUAUGUAUAUUGAAAAAUCUGAUAUUAGUGAAAAUCUAACAAAAGAUUUUAAACGUCUAACACCAAAUCAACCAUGUGGAUUAAAACAUGUUGCUCUUGUUAUAACUACUCAAGAUAUUAUUCGAGUUAGUCUUUUUUUUUUUGAAACAUGA